CUCUCUCCCUCUGUAUCCCUCCCAUCAUAUUGGGCGUUGCCAGCUGACUAUAAAUUCUUGAAUAAACUGUGUGUGAGCCCCUGCUCACUUCGUUGAACCUCAAGCCACAGUUUCUGUCUCUGCGUGUCCUGCACCCAUUUCUGGAGCCAUGACUGAGUUGGAGAAAAACAUGGAGGCCCUGAUUUUGAUUUUCCACCGCUAUGCCGAUGAGGACGGCGAUGGCAGGACCUUAAGCAAGAAAGAACUGAAAAAACUUGUUCAGACUGAGUUACCCUCCUUCCUGAAAGCACAGAAAAACCCAAAUGUCGUGGACCGUAUCAUGAAAGAUUUGGACCAAAACAAAGAUGACAAGUUGGACUUUGAAGAAUUCAUGUCCCUCAUUGUCGGCCUCUCAAUGGCCUGUGAGAAGAUUUAUGGGCUCCAUGAAAAAAAGGCUAUGGCUCGUCUGGAUCAGGUCAUUACAAACAUUGUAGAUGUAUUUCUGGAGUAUGCUGAUGAUGAUGGCAAGAAACGACAGCUUAACAAAGAGGAGUUAAAGAAGGUGUUCGAGCAAGAAAUACAAAGCCCUGAGUUAAAGGGUAAAAUCAAUGCAAAUGACAUUGAGGAAGCUAUGGAGACGAUGGAUAAAAACCAUGAUGGUGAGGUCAACUUCCGAGAGUUUUGCCGGUGUGUGUGUGACCUGGCCAAAUGCUACUACCACAAGAAGACGGGCAAGGGAGAAAAGGAUUGUGUCUAUGCUCUUCUCCCAAUCCCUCACUACCAACCUCUCGAUCCACACAAGUCUUCAUACAAAUUUGUCACCAUGUCAGGACUUGUGCAGGCAAUGGCAAUACUCAUGGAUACUUUUCAAAAAUACUCUGGAAAAGAAGGAGACAAAGACACUUUGACCAAGGCAGAACUCACUGAACUGCUCCAUAAGGAGCUUCCUGGAGUAGGAGACUCAAACAAAGCUGGAGUGGACAAGUUCUUCAGCAUGCUGGAUAACGACAAGGAUGGUGUUGUUGAUUUCAAGGAGUACGUCACUUUUGUAACGGCUCUCACCGUGCUCUGCAAUCAGAAAUAAAUACUUUGGCCUCAUUGUUUCAUAACCUUCUUGCCUUAUUUGAUUUGUACUAAAUGAAAAAGCUGAGUACUCCAACUUGCACCAGUAUUACAGUCACAUCUAUAAAAUAUGUCAUUAUCAUAUGUUCUGAGCAAAGGUUGGUUAAACAAACACAUUGAUAAGGUUAUUACAUACAGUAUGCUCCAGGGAAUUGAAAUGUGCUGACUUUGAGUGUAUAUCACUGAUUGUGAAUGUCAUAAGUGAUGAAUAAAGAAACAAAAUAAAUGAUGUCAAAUUUUAAA